GGAUAAGCGGUAGAUUAAACUCUGCAUUUAGGUUCAACAAGAGAAAAUAAUCAGUGAGCCUGUCUGAGCGUCCGAUAUAAAAAGGCUUGCUCGCCGUCUUCUCACCGCAGUUCUGCACUGAAAACUUCCUGCAACACUUUCAGAAUGGACUUCCAAGUCUUCGCCCUGCUGAUGUUGCUUCUGGCCGGUGUGGAGCAGAGCCGGGCCUCCUGCGUCGUGGACAGCUUCACAGUCAAAGGCGACUUUGACCCCGCAAGAUACGCAGGAAAGUGGUACGCUCUGCAGAAGAAGGAUCCGGAGGGUUUGUUCCUGGAGGACAACAUCUCCGCUGAGUACACAAUUGGAGACGAUGGCUUCAUGGUUGCCUCCUCCAGAGGCAGAGUCACUCUCUUUGGGUUCUGGGUUGUGUGCGCAGACAUGGCUGCUCAGUACUCUGUACCCGACCCAAGCACUCCCGGCAAGAUGUUCAUGAACUACCAGGGCCUGGCCAACUACCUGUCCAGCGGCGGUGACAACUACUGGGUCAUUGACACAGACUAUGACAACUACGCCCUCACCUAUGCCUGCCGCACCCUGAAGGAAGAUGGAAGCUGCGAGGACGGAUACUCCCUGCUCUUCUCCCGCAACCCCCGCGGCCUCCCCCCCAGCAUCCAGAGGGUCGUCCGCCAAAAACAGGAGGAAAUCUGCAUGGUCGGAGAGUUCCAGCCCGUGCUGCAGUCUGGAGCCUGCUAAACUGUUUCCUCUGGAGUUUGUUGAGCAGCCCUUCAUUACACUGGAUUCAUCCUCCGGCCCAAGAUGAAGACAGAACUCCUCUCAAAGACGCGUAUAGGAGAAUAAUCAUGUUAUGCUUAUGAUUUGC